UCCAAAGACCGACAAUGUCCAUGGGACUGCGGAGGUCUUUCCUGGUCUUGGCAAUGGCAUGGACAUUAUCUUUGGCGAGGCUUACGAAUGCCACCAUCGCAUGGACACUGAAACCCCGCCAGCUGUUGGAUUACGGUAACAUGCUCGGAGCUCUGCAGCAAGCGAGCCGGCCACCACUUGCAAAACCGUCAUCAUCGCCGUCAAUGAACCGGUCACCAUCGCGCAGUUCAACGAGUUUGCAUGGCACGGCAGCAGACGUUUUCGACAGAAUGGGCUGGAGCGGCAGCAAAGGGAGAUCAACUCUCUUCGUGGGCAGGAUGUCAUUCACCUCUCUAGGCACAAGGGAGCGUCGUGGCGUUAGAAGCAUUGCGGAGCGCAUCGUGGUAGUGCGAAGAAGUGUUGAUCGACAGGGCUUGGUAACGAUGGCGCAGCCUAGGAAAAAGUUACCCGAGCGAUCGGUGGACGUCUUCUGCCAAAAGUGCCGGACUCAGCUCUACAAAUACAAAAAGGGAGGGAAAGGAUCUCUGGUAAAGUGUUACAAGGAGCGCAUCGUGGAAGACUUCACUGACGGAAAGCUGGAGUGUCCCAACUGUGGGCAGCUUUUUGCGAGGGACACCAUGGUCCACGGGAGACCAGCCUUUAAGAUGAUCGGCGGCAAGGUUUAUCAGAAGAAGUGACGCGGCGCUAAGCCUCGCCUUAGACACGGCAUACUUCAGCCAGUUUCACUCUACUGUAUAUA